AGAGCCGGAGGGGGAGCGCAGGGGUUCAACGUACGGUUGGGGGGCAGCGCGCGCGGGUUGUCAAGUGAGCGCGCGGGUUGUCAAGUGAGCGCGCGGGUUGUCAAGUGAGAGCGCGGGUUGUCAAGUGAGCGCGCGGGUUGUCAAGUGAGAGCGCGGGUUGUCAAGUGAGCGCGCGGGUAGUCAAGUGAGCGCGCGGGUAGUCAAGUGAGCGCGCGGGUAGUCAAGUGAGCGCGCGGGUAGUCAAGUGAGCGCGCGGCGGCGAGCACGAGUCUCUCUCCUCCUCCUCCUCACGUGGUUUGGCACAGCGCGCCACCGCCGUCAGCCUGGAGCUGGUGAAGCGAGUGCGCGCGCGGGCGGCCAGCUCCCUCCAGCGGCCGGGCCGGCGCCAGCAGCUCCAGCUCCAGCAGCGUCGAUGCGGGCCCCGGACACGCAGCUGUACAUCAGCCGGGCCGAGCGAGGACCAGCAAGGCGGCGGUGUCAGAAUGAUUUUUAAGUAUUGCCCAGAAUGUGGCCAGGAUUUAGAAGCUACUUUCAACUUUUGCCCAACAUGCGGUUUCAAGAUACCCAAAGGAGAAAAAGAGGAGGAAGUACAACCUGUUACUGUCCAGGCCACAACAUCUCCAGCUCAAACUCUGCCUAGUCUAAAAGCAGCCAGUACAAAGCACACCCCUGUGAAAAUAAUCUCACCCAGGGAAGAAGUGGCUUCUCCAAAGAGAAGACGACAAAAUGAACUGUAUGAACAGAAAUCUCCCACAAAGGCAUCACAAGUUUUGAGAAGUCCAAAAGGAAAACGGCAAAAGAAUAAUCCAUUGGAACCGAUUGCAGAAAAUGAAAUUUUGACUGAUCAGAACAGCAGAAAAUGGAGACUUACCAAGAUUCUUUCGCAGCAUGAAACUGAAUAUGGGCUGCUCUAUUCAGCACAACAAAUGUCUGGUUCCUCACAGUGCAACUAUACAGUUAAAGUGGAUGCAAAGGAUGGUCGAAUUUUUAAUGAACAAAAUUUUCUUCAGCGUGCUGCAAAACAAAAUAAAGUUGACAAAUGGAUGAAGUCCCGUAUGAUGACGUUUUUGGGAAUUCCUUCAUGUGUUGGCUUUGGAUUACAUGAAAAUACUUACAGGUUUCUAGUAUUUCCAAACUUGGGUCACAGUUUACAAUCAAUUAUUGAAAAAAAUAAGAUGCCAUUAUCUGAAAAAGCAGUAUUCCAGCUAUCUUGUAAAAUUAUUGAUGUACUUGAAUACAUUCAUGCGAAUGAAUAUGUACACGCAGACAUCAAGGCAGAAAAUAUUUAUGUGAACCCAAAUGAACUGGAACAGGUGCACCUAGCAGGCUACUCCUUUGCAUUCAGGUACUGCCCUGAUGGUAAACAUGUUGAAUAUAAAGAAGGGAGCAGAACACCACACGAGGGCACCGUGGAGCUGAUCAGUGUGGAUGUGCACAAAGGAGCUGGGCCUUCCAGACGCAGUGAUCUUGAAAACCUGGGUUAUUGUAUACUGAAGGCGUUGUGUGGUUCCUUGCCUUGGUCGAAAAACAUUGACUCUCCUCAUUCUGUCAUGGAAACAAAACAAAAAUACAAGGCUGACAUAACAAGUCUCCUAAAGACUUGUUUUGGGAAAAAGAAAAUACCAAACGAACUGAAGAAAUACUUCCAACAUGUGGUGUCACUGCAGUAUGACGAAGAGCCAGAUUAUGAUGAAAUACGAAAACAACUAAAUGAUGGUCUCCAAAGGCUGGGAGUGUCACUAAAUGCCCCUUUGGACCUCACAAUAACCACUAUUUGAAAAUUACAAUAAUCAACUGAAGCCAGCAUAUUGUUUUGAGAUAAUUGUCAAGGUAUGAGUUUUCCAAGGUGCUUUGAACUAUUUUGUUUUUAAAUCAUGCUUUUUACAACCUUUGGGCAGGAUUGCACUAUGGGUAUGCUUGUGUGUUUUCAAGAUUUCAGUAUAGUGUUUUUAAAUAAAAUUGAACGUCAUUUCUGAGAAGGGAUUUUUGUAGCUGUAUUUUUAAUGUUUUUUACCAGCGAUGUGUUUUUCUCCAUUUGGCUCAUUGCACUAUCACCAUUGGGUAAUGGUCUUCCUUCCCACCAUUAUUUCUCACAGCCAUGUCUGUAAUCCAUUUGUCCAACAAUAAACAAUUUGAAAAAUAAGCAAUAUUUGUUCUCUUAUAUGAACUAAAUUUGUCUCUACAGCAUCUUUUCUCUUGCACUGAUGAAUUGCAACUUAUUUUCAUUGAAAUGAGUUAUAAUGUAGGCAGCUGUCAUUUGUCUGAUGGAUAAUAGAAUGGGAGUUUAAAGGAAUGCCUCUUGUAAUAAAAGAUAAGGUACAGCCUAUUCUAGAUAUCUGAAAUAGAAGCUAAAAAUGUGGAGGAAGUAGAUGACGUUAAUGGACUGGAAUUCAAUGCAUCGUUGAGCCACUUCAGCCUGCCCAAUGAACUUUUAUAUUAUGGGUACUCCUUUGCAAAAGUUGUCUGGUGGGCAAAACUCUGUUUAAAAAAAACCUGCACAAAGAUCAAGUCUCCAAUGUGGACAUCGGGUACUGACAACUCUGGGAGAAGUGAUGACACUUCCAUGGAGAAGCUCCAUAUAGAACUGCUUAUUGAGGCAAACCUUUUCAAAGAGACACAAAGCUGGAGUAACUCAGCAGGGCAUUCAUCAUCGCUGGAGAGAAGGAAUGAGUGACGUUUCGGGUCGAGAUCCUGCUUCAGGCUCAUGUUUCCAUGUCCCUUCAUCAGAUCAGUUCUCUGUGAAGAAUUCUCAGAUACUUGUUCCCACUAAAUGUCUGCACAGCAGUAUUUAAUUUCAGUCAACAAUUUAGUUUUAUCUAUUGUGUAUUUUACUUGUGAAUUGCUGUGGAUUGGCGUGAUAAUAAAUUUUGAACAUUU